AUGGCAAUGCUAACCGGGUCUCUCCCACGAGCUGAAGCUCUCAAAGCUCGCAUUUCUAGUAUUGAGGCUUGGAGACUACCUCAAGAGCCAGGAACACUUGCCCCUCCUGGCGUCGCUUCGAACAAAGAUCAAGAUCCAGUCCCAGAGCAUCAGUGGACAUGGACUGGCUGGGACUUUGCGACAUACUGGAUGUCUGAUUUGAUCAACAUUACUAGUUGGCAAAUUGCAGCUUCUGCAAUGUUAGUUGGUCUGAGCACAGCAGAUGCCGUGGUCAUUACACUUCUCUCUGGAGUGCUUAACUCUAUCCCCACAGUCUUGAAUGGAGGCCCAGGAGUUGAUCACCGCAUUCCGUUUCCCAUCGCGGUCCGUUCGGCAUAUGGAUAUUAUUUUGGCAGCUUCUGCGUUGUAUCCCGUGCUAUCAUAGCUAUGACUUGGUUUGGGGUCAACUGUUGGGUUGGUUCUGCCGCCAUGACCGAGACAAUCGCAGCCCUCUGGCCAGAAUAUCGCACCAUCAAAAACCACCUCCCAGCAUCUGCUCAUAUUACAACGCAGAAAAUGGUCUCCUAUUUUCUAUUCUUUCUUGCCCAGCUGCCAUUUUUUAUUAUUCCCCUCCACAAGCUACGGUAUGUAAAUUAUAUGGAGGCGAGAAAGUAUAUUCGUUGGCUCACAUUUGUCGCUAUGGUGUUGUGGAUUUGUGUCAAGGCUGGAGAUGUCAAAGGAAUCUUUGCCCAGCCAGCUACCGUAUCCGGCUCAACCAGGGUUUGGCUGUGGCUGUCGACGUUCAGCGGCAUUACAAACUCUUGGUUAACAAGCGCAGCCAACAUGUCCGACUUCUCUCGAUACGCCCCCUAUUCACAAAUUCCCACGAUCCCCAUUGUCAAGACCGUGUACGCUAUUUUAGGCAUCGCAACAGUCGGCGCCGGCCGAGUUCUCUACAGUGAAGACAUUUGGAGCCCUAUUGAACUGCUUCCAAAAUGGACUGGCUCUGGCGGUCGGUUUCUAGCAUUUUUCUGCGGUUGCCUGUGGAUGCUUGCCCAGAUCUCCUGCAGUGUGUCCGCCAACUCGGUCCCGUUUGGACACGAUGUCAUGAGUCUUGCUCCGGCAUGGAUCAAUGUUAGGAGAGGGUCUAUGCUUUGUCUAUUCUUAGGAUCAUGGGCAGUCGUGCCAUGGUUUCUGGUUAGCUCGGCGUCCCAGUUCUUGUUGUUCAUGAACGGAUACGGGUGUUUCAUUUGCGCCAUGGUUAGCAUAAUGAUUUGUGAUUACUGGGUCGUGAAUCGGAGAAGGCUCGACAUUCCAGCACUAUACAACCCACAUGGGCGCUACAGAUUCACCGGCGGAUUCAAUUGGCGAGCUGCCGUGGUUCAAUUUGGAUUCCUGGCAAUCUUUCUUCCGGGCAUCAUCCAUCAAAUCAAUCCCUCCGUCCAGAUAUCGACUGUUAUGGAACGUAUCUUUCACCUGAAUUGGUUCAUUAGUACCAUAGGUCCGUUCAUCGUCUAUUGGAUGCUGAACCAGCUCUUUCCCCAUCUCUGUGGCCGAAUCUCAAAUUUCAACAUAUAA